AUGAUUCGUCUCCAGCCAACAUCGAUCGUCUUGACCAUGUCCGAGGUUCAGGAGCUGGAGAACCGACGACGUUAUCGCAGGUAUCUUCAGAGGGAGGAAAACCCAGCCUCUGAGGAGACAGUACACCGGAAGGGCAGCUCAAGUUUGGAACAUGAAGCACGGCUAGGGACGCUCACUGCUUCCCACAACCGAAGACCUGCCUCCUCGAACUCAAAUUACGUUGACCCUUUACCCUCCUCGCCCUUGGAGAGAAUCGUCAGCGUGCGAACCGGCGAGGCAAACGAUGACGAGGUCAUUCCUACGAGCUCACAGCACAGUACAGACCCGAUGUUUGUUAGACAUCAGCCUCAGGUUCCUCGUGGCUAUCUUGACUCACUUGAUGUCUUGACUUGGACCUCGUCUCCUGGGGUUUCCUCGCUGCGGCCUUGCAGACCUGGAACAAUCCCGAGCUCCUCGGAAAGCGCAAGGCCACAAGCUGGGCCAUCACAGAAUACCUCCUCGCAUCAGGAAACGGAAGUUGUGAAUGGAGUUGACGCCAUCGGUGCUGACAACCAACGGAAACUGACAAGAAUGGCCAUGAGCCUGGAGGAGAGGACUGUUAUCGACUCAACGAAUAACACGGAUCGCAACCCGAUCGCCCGCCUCCCUGGUAUGCUCGCAUCUUCCUCGCAAAUUCUAAGUAGAGCCCCAACUGAACGGCCGUGGACGCAGACCCUGGUUAUUCGAACUCGACCGUCUCUUGGUCCUGAACAAUCGCCCGCUCCUGGUGCACUGCCUGGAGUACUGGGAUGCCAGCGUCGUCGAUCGUCUUGUAACGCCCCUGCCGAGCCAAAACAUGACGGUGAACCUGGACCUUCGAACCGCAGCAGUCCGCAGAGAGCCGCCAAACCAGUCACGCGUCUGAAGCAGGCGUGUCCUCAAGCUGGUCACGGACGGACUGCACCUUCUCGCGUGGAGCCUGUUGCGGGAGGGAGUCCUUCGCCCGAUCGUCCAGCGCCGCUGUCCACCCCUAUCCGCAGGGUCCGGGUGUAUGACGACCUGCUCUCACCGACACGUCAACCUCAGACUCCAGAGCAGUUACCAGAGUCCCAGCACCAGAGUAGGCUUUUGGGGUCGUACACAGCUCCGGUGAGGCGGCUGAGAUCUUCCCAGACUCUGGGUCGUACUCCAGCGACAGCCCGAAGACUCCGCCACCGCAGAGUCCCGAGUCCCGUGGGUAUGAGGACACCAGGGUUCGAGGGUCUUUACGGCGGGCACGAGAAUGAGGAUGAUGCGGCUCUGUUCGAGGAGGCAUCGCAGGCAACGGGGCCCGGGUCUUCGACUCACAGUCCCAGUCGCGCAGACUGA